GCCCUCCUCUCUCUCUCUCUCUGUGCGCGUGCGCGAGAGGGCUCUGCUGCAGGAGCAGCAGCAGCUGCAGCAGCUGUGACAGCAGGUCAGCCGGCACCGGCAGCAAGGAGACGCUUUGGACGCCCCCAGAUUUCAUAGAGGACUGUCAUUUGGAAUGACAACAUUGCCGCAAUGAGUCAACAAGGUUAUGUGGCCACACCUCAAUACUCCCAAUCCCAGCCUGGAAUUGGAGCCCUUUCUCCUCCUCUUUAUGGCCAUUAUGGGGAUCCAUCACAGGCAGCCGCUCCAUCAGGUCUGAUGAAACCAGCGGGGCCUGUGGGAGCAACUGCCCCCAUUGGGUCCCCCGGCCCGGGACCCCAGCCGUUGAUCCAGAAUGGGCCCCCCGGCUCCCGGCCUCCACAUCCAAGGUUCCCAGGCCUCCCGCCACCCAGCAGUGCAGCAUUUGCCGGUCCACCAUUCAGCCAUCCGUCACAACCACCCUAUCCAAAUCCUGCUCCCUCCUCCUCCUCCUCCUCCUCAUCCACCACCCAGUUGGGCCAUCAGCUCAGCGCCAUGCACAUUAAUAGUUAUGGUCCUGGCAUGGCUCCAAAUCCCCAGAUGCCCCCGGGCCCUCAACCAGCAACAACUUUCCAAGGUCCCGGACAACCAUCCCAACCUACAAUUUUACAGCCUGGGGCCCAGGUCCUCCCGCCACCACCGACCACCCUCAAUGGCCUGGGCACCACCCCACCAUUGCCACCAUUGACCGUGCAAAACAGAAUUCCUGGAUCCGGUCCCCCCAAUGCCAGUCUUCAGCCUCCACCUCUCCCAGGACAAGCAGCAGGCCCCGGGUACCCUCCGCAGCAUGCCAAUUAUGGUCCCCAGAUGCCCGGAGCUCAACUGUCUUACCCGGGGGCUUACCCGGGGGGCCCCACCCAACUGUCUGGCCCUCCUCAGCCCCAGAAGAGGCUUGAUCCUGAUUCCAUCCCAAGCCCUAUUCAGGUGAUUGAAAAUGAUAAGGCCACCAGAGCGGGACAAGUUUAUUUUACCAACACCAAAGGCCAGAUCCCACCUCUCGUCACUACAGAUUGUGUGAUCCAAGAUCAAGGCAAUGCCAGUCCUCGUUACAUACGGUGCACCACGUACUGCUUCCCGGCUUCCUCAGACAUGGCUAAACAAGCUCAGGUUCCGCUAGCUGCAGUCAUCAAGCCCUUUGCCACCAUUCCGGCAAAUGAGACUCCCCUCUAUGUAGUCAACCACGGCGAGACAGGGCCGGUCCGCUGCAACAGGUGCAAGGCUUACAUGUGUCCGUACAUGCAGUUCAUCGAGGGGGGACGAAGAUACCAGUGUGGAUUCUGCAGCUGCGUGAACGAAGUCCCACAGUUCUACUUCCAACAUCUGGAUCACAUGGGCCGGAGACUGGACCACUAUGAGAAGCCCGAGCUGUCUCUAGGAUCGUACGAAUUUGUCGCGACUCUGGAUUACUGCAGAAACAAUACGCCUCCAAACCCACCAGCCUAUAUCUUCAUGAUCGACGUGUCGUAUAGUAAUAUAAAGAAUGGCCUUGUGAAGCUCAUCUGUGAGGAACUGAAGACAGUGCUGGAAAGACUUCCAAAGGAGGAGCAAGAAGAGACUUCGGCUAUUCGAGUGGGAUUCGUCACCUAUAACAAAGUUCUCCAUUUCUUCAACGUGAAGGGCAACCUGGCCCAGCCUCAGAUGAUGGUGGUGACUGAUGUUUGCGAAGUCUUUGUUCCCCUGCUAGAUGGCUUCCUGGUCAACUAUCAGGACUCCCAAGCAGUUAUUCACAACUUGUUGGACCAGAUUCCAGAAAUGUUUGCAGACACGAAGGACAACGAGACCGUCUUUGCUCCCAUCGUCCAGGCCGGCAUGGAAGCCCUGAAGGCAGCAGAGUGUGCUGGGAAACUAUUUAUCUUCCAUUCUUCCUUGCCGACGGCUGAGGCUCCAGGGAAGCUGAAGAACAGAGAUGACAGGAAGUUGCUCAAUACAGACAAAGAGAAGACUCUUUUCCAGCCCCAGACAAAUGUCUACGAGGCCCUGGCUAAGGACUGCGUGGCCAGCGGUUGCUGUGUGGAUCUGUUCCUCUUCCCCAACCAGUUCGUGGAUGUGGCAUCUAUGGGUCUCGUGCCCUUGCUGACUGGAGGGUCGCUUUUCAAGUAUAAUAAUUUCCAGGUGCGUGCAGACAGCCAGCAGUUCUUGAAUGACCUCAGAAAUGACAUAGGGAAAAAGAUCGGAUUUGAUGCCAUCAUGAGGGUUCGCACUAGCACAGGUUUCCGGGCCACUGACUUCUUGGGUGGUAUUUACAUGAACAACACGACCGACGUGGAGAUGGCGGCGGUAGACUGUGACAAAGCCGUGACGGUGGAGUUCAAGCAUGAUGACAAACUCAGUGAAGACAGCGGAGCCUUAAUCCAGUGUGCUGUGCUUUAUACUACCGUCAAUGGCCAGAGAAGGCUCCGUAUCCACAACAUCAGUUUAAAUUGCAGCUCCCAGUUAGCUGAUCUCUACAAGAGCUGUGAGACCGACGUGCUUAUAAACUUCUUUGCUAAGUCAGCAUUUAAAGCUGUUCUAAAUCAACCCUUGAAGACCGUCCGGGAAAUUCUGGUGAACCAGACUGCGCACAUGUUGGCAUGCUACAGAAAACACUGUGCCAGCCCAUCGGCAGUAAGUCAGCUCAUCCUUCCUGAUGCCAUGAAGGUGCUGCCAGUUUACAUGAAUUGUCUGUUAAAAAACUGUGUCCUACUUAGCAGACCAGAGAUAUCAACUGAUGAAAGGGCUUACCAGAGACAGCUGGUCAUGUCUAUGGGAGUGGCUGACACUCAACUCUUCUUCUAUCCACAACUUUUACCAAUACACACAAUGGACCCCACCAGCCUGACUUUCCCCACUGCUGUCCGCUGCUCUGAGGAACGACUCUCUGAAGGAGGGGUUUUCUUGUUGGCUAAUGGCCUACACAUGUUUCUUUGGUUGGGAGUAAGCACCCCUCCAGAGCUGAUCCAGGGACUCUUUAAUGUGCCAUCCUUUGCACACAUCAACAAUGAGGUGACAUUACUGCCUGAAGUGGGGAAUCCAUACUCAGAGAAGCUCAGAACAAUAAUCGAUGUAAUCCAGAAGAAGAGACCAUAUUCAAUGAAGCUAACGGUGGUUAAGCAGCGCGAGCAGCCGGAGAUGGUUUUCCGACAGUUUCUGGUGGAAGACAAGGGCCUGUAUGGAGGAGCGUCUUACGUGGAUUUCCUUUGCUGUGUUCACAAAGAGAUCUGCCAGCUGCUUAACUAGAUGAAGCUUGACCCCUAUUUGUCCUCUUUUCCCGCAUUUCUAAGAUCAGUGAAUCUUUUUGGUGCCUGGCUCCCCAAGUGAUACUUUCCACGGGGGCUUCCUCUUGUACAGUUUCCUGAUUUUCAGAUCAUUUUCAGGCUAACUUUGGUAGUGUCACGUAGAAGCAGACUCAAUGCUCAGGUUUUAAAGCCAAUGACAAAAGGGUCGCAUUGCCCAAACCUACAGGGAAAUGCCUAUUUCUAAUUGCACAAAUGUUAAAAGUCUAAUAACCUAUGCAUUUCAUGAGACUGGGUUCCAGAGCCAUAAAGAUGCUAUAUGUUUUAUUCUUUUUGCUAUUCAUAUAAAUUAACAGAAUGUAAAUGUAUAGGUUUAGGGAAUUUUUCCAGUUACGAUACUGGAAAAAUUGCCAUAAUUUCCUGAAAUGCCCCACAGAGUGCUUUCUUUCCCCCAGAUAGAGGUGAAUUUUACCCUGACAAAUUUCUAUUAACCUGGGACUUAAUCUUGUAAGAGUAAUGUUUGUUUAAAAACCUUUUUCCAUUCCUUGUUCCAUUUUUGUCCGGUCAGUAUAAUAGUUCUUUGUACAAUUUUGAAGGUUUUACCUGUAUAUAAUGGAUCUUAACCAAUAUAAUAAAUCACUUCCUAAAAGCCUUAUCAGCAAGAGAUAUUAACUUGCUUCCUCAGAGGUGAAACAACUGGAAGUGUGAAAAUAGGGAAGGAGGGAGUCAGGACCAUAUGGCUGGUUAAGGUUUUUCCUCAUCCACAGAACCUGAGGAGUUGGAUGAGUUUGAAAAUGAAACAGCCAAGGGGGAAAAAAAAUACCACUCCUUCCUCUAUAGUUAGACUAUUUCAUUAUUAAACAUUCGCCACAAAUGUGACUGCUAUAUUUUCUAUUUUUAAUCAAAGGCAUUAAUAUUUUAAACUUUAAUCCUAUAUUAAGCAGCAACUUCCUCAGUAUUAAGUAGCAGAAAUAUCAGUACCUGGACAAAAAUUAGGCAUCUCCAUUGUUGCUCGAUGCCAUAGGCUUGUGCUUAGAGAUGUAAAAAUGAUCAAAUGGGGGGAGGGGAAGAAGGGAAAUGUAAAAUGGCACUAAAGAUGACAAAUUUAGGCUUUGCAGCUUACCUUGAAAUGACUGGCACAUGGGAGCCUGGAGAGAAAGAAGUUCUCAGAAAUGUAAAAUGGCUCUAAAGAUGACAAAUUUAGGCUUUGCAGCUUACCUUGAAAUGACUGGCAUACAGGAGCCUGGAGAGAAAGAAGUUCACAGUGCUUCCCUAAAAAAAGGAAGUAGCCUUGCUCAACAAAUAAACAUCCAGGAAAUCUCAGAUUUCUACUUUCCAAUGUCUCUUUGUUGAAUGGAUUAAAUGUACAGAAUCCUUGCACAGAGGUACCUGUUUCCAGGCAUGGACCAGUUCAGGACUAGCGUUAACAAGUUGUUGAUGUCAGAAACAACCAAGUUUGCCACAUUUCCAUCUCCCUAAUCCAAGAUAACUUCAUUGGCUUUAGAAAUUUGUCCUACGAGAAUUCAGAAAUUUACAUUUACAUUUGGAAAUUUAGAUAAAAGAAAAUUGUUUACACUGCAACUUGAUGUGUACCAUAAGUGACACAGAUUAUCCUGUAACCAUCAAUGCAGCAUAACAUAAAGGAAAUGGUUUUAUUAAAUAUUUCCACCAUA